AUGGAGACAUUCAGCACAAGAAAUGGGAGAAAAUGGAGACAUUCAGCACAAGAAAUGGGAGAAAAUGGAGACAUUCAGCACAAGAAAUGGGAGAAAAUGGAGACAUUCAGCACAAGAAAUGGGAGAAAAUGGAGACAUUCAGCACAAGAAAUUGGAGAAAAUGGAGACAUUCAGCACAAGAAAUGGGAGAAAAUGGAGACAUUCAGCACAAGAAAUGGGAGAAAAUGGAGACAUUCAGCACAAGAAAUGGGAGAAAAUGGAGACAUUCAGCACAAGAAAUGGGAGAACAUGGAGACAUUCAGCACAAGAAAUGGGAGAAAAUGGAGACAUUCAGCACAAGAAAUUGGAGAAAAUGGAGACAUUCAGCACAAGAAAUGGGAGAAAAUGGAGACAUUCAGCACAAGAAAUGGGAGAACAUGGAGACAUUCAGCACAAGAAAUGGGAGAACAUGGAGACAUUCAGCACAAGAAAUGGGAGAAAAUGGAGACAUUCAGCACAAGAAAUGGGAAAACAUGGAGACAUUCAGCACAAGAAAUGGGAGAACAUGGAGACAUUCAGUACAAGGAAUGA